CCGCGAACCCCAAAACCUAGCAUUCGUCCUCUCGACAUCAAUAACCAUGUCUGCCAGCAAGUUCCGCCUGGCCCUGCUUCAGCUCGCCGUGACAACGAACAAGACGAAGAACCUCGAAAGAGCGAGUAAGCUAAUAAGAGAGGCGGCUACCGCUGGAGCCCAGAUAUUGUGCCUUCCUGAAUUUUUCAAUUUUCCAUUCAGCGUGAAGCACUUCCCAAAGUACGCCGAGCCUAUCCCCGGGAGGUCCAGCGAGAUGUUAUCGAGGUGCGCCGAAGAACACCGGGUCUACCUUGUCGGCGGCACAGUGUCGGAGAGCGACAACGGCACGCUCUACAACACCUGCCUGGUGUACGGACCGGACGGCGCGCUGCUGGCCAAGUACCGCAAGGUGCAUCAAUUCGACGUCGACAUCCCAGGCAAGAUGACCGUCCGCGAGUCGGACUACUACGCGGCGGGCGACAGACUGACCACCUUCGACACACCCUUCUGCAAGGUUGGCAUCGGAAUCUGCUACGACCUCAGGUUUGCGCCCCAGGCCGAGAUAUAUGCCAAGUUCGGUUGCAAGCUGCUGGUGUACCCGGGCUCGUUUAACUUGGCCACGGGUCCGCUGCACUGGAAACUGCUUCAAAGGGCUAGGGCGGUUGAUAAUCAGGUGUACGUGGCGUCCACGUCGCUGGCCAGGGAUGAAGCGGCUUGCUACGUCACUUGGGGUUACAGCAUGUUUGUGGAUCCGUCUGGCAAGGUUGUUCAGUCGGCCGGGGCCGGAGAAGAGCUCGUGGUUGCUGAGGUGGAUCUGGGUUAUCUGGAUUCGGUCAGGGACGAGAUUCCUGUGACCAAACAGAAAAGGAAUGAUCUGUACAAGGUAGUGAGCUGUAAGGGGGAAGAAAGUGGCUGUAUGACAAAUUGA